CUAAAACCGCUUCCUCUCUUCUUUUCUUCUCCACUAUAUAAACUUAUUUUCCCGGCCACUUUUCCAAAUCACCACCAACACAACACAACACAACACAUUUCACUUUCACAUCACCGCUCUCACACUCUCCACAACGCCGUCGUUUACCCUUUUCUUUCUCCUCUCAUUCUCAAAAUGGUGUUCGGAGGUUUAGAAGAAGAAGAAGACGAAGAAGGAACCGAACCUAUGUCCACCAGUCCCAAGCGACCCAAACCCCUUCACAAUUUCAACCUACCGUUCUUGAAGUGGGGUGGCCAACGCCACCUCCGAUGCUCAAACGCAGCCAUCAAAGACGGCGCCGGGCCAUCAACCAGCGGCGAUCGCCGUUCCUCGAGUGGCUCAGAAAAACGAAUCCUCGUCGGCAAUGGCGAAGAAGAAGAAGGGAUCGCCGCCGUGAGAGAGAAGCUUAUGCAUGAUCUGAAAAACGACGCUGAUCGAAUCAAGGACACGAUUCUGUUGAGAGAAGAGCAAGAAGAAACAGAGACUCUCAAGUCAUGGAAACACCGAACGAGACAGAUACUGUCUAAACCUCCGGUAAACAACUCCGAUCAUGCAAAACGAGAAUUUCCUUCUCCGGCGAAAUUCGACGGCGGCGUUAAUGUCGCUUCGAGAUUGAGAAGAAAUGUCAACAGCAACAAAACGGAAAGACAGAAAUUUUCCGUUCAGCUUUCGAGAAAAGAAAUCGAUGAAGAUUUCAUGGCUAUGGUGGGCCGCCAGCCCAGACAACGGCCCACUAAGAGGCCCAAAGUUGUUCAGAAACAGUUAAACAGUGUUUUUCCUGGAUUGUGGUUAAGGGAGGUUACACCUGAUAUGUACGAGGUUCUUGAUACAAAGGAGAAUGGGAAAUCUGUGAAGAAGAAAGGGAAAGGGAAGUGCUUUGAUGAUGAUGAUGAUGAAUCCUCAGCUUGAGUUUUUUGAGAUGGUGCUAAUGUUAGUUUAGGUAGAUAUAAUAUAGUUCUUUUUUGUUUAUAAGAAUAACAACACUUAACUGAAAAUGUUGGUGAUAGAUGACAUAGAUCUAGUUCAGCUCACUUUUUUAGUCUUCAAAGACAAUGAUGCAGUUCAAAUGUCACAAUUUUGAAACUUGUUAUAUCAGUUAGUAGAUGAUGCUGUAUGGUUGCAAUUCAAAUUAUGUUAAGUUCUGUGGCCUUACAAUUUUUCUUAGUAUUGUUAAGUUUGGUGUUAAUUUCACUUUGGCUUUGUUAAGUUAGGUGUAAGUUUUAGUGAAUGUUUUGAGAACAGAGUUACAACUACAAGUACAAAAAGUUACAUGAUAGUUUCACCUCUAUCAUGUACUUUCAGUGUAUGUGUAACUUUUUUUAACAACAGAAGUUCAAGUCAUUUUGGGGCAAUGGAUAUUGAUUGCCAAACCCACCUAUUUGUAGGGUAAGUAUACAUAGUACAAUACUUAUCUUAUGUAUACAAAUACUUAACUUGAUCAAAUUGGUGUGCA